AUGCUAAAUUCCCCGCCCAAGUAUGCGCCGACUGCCGAACACACUUUCAUGUAUCUGGACGCGAAUAACACUCCUCAAGACUAUACCCAAAACGUGCCUAUACUUGUUCAUCCGACACAUAAAAGGGCGGUCACGAGCGUUGAGCGUAACUUCAGAUCAGCACUCAGCACUCAGCACUCAGCCUCGUCUUCAUCUACAAUGCGGUUCUUCACUCAGCUCACCGGUCUGUGCAUGACCGUCGCUUCCAUUGCCAGUAUGGCUGCCCAGGCAUCGCCAGUCGAAUCUAGUGACGUUGUUACUGUCACCGUCUACGACCAGCCUGCUUUCAACGGAGAAGCGUAUACCCCCAACCCACUCCUUCCAGGAAUCAACACGUUGCCGGAGGAAUGGUGGUACAAUGUUGCCAGUCUCAAAGUCAGCAAUGGGUGGUACUGUCUUUUCUUCCAUGCACCGCAGGGUGAUGGUGAAUUCAUUGUGUUGCAGGGUAAUGUCCUGUCUGUACCCCCGCCAUUCUUCCGCAACAUUGCAUCAUUCAGAUGUCGUCGUGGAUUCUACAUUCCGGGAGAAAGCAGGUAG